CAUGUUUUUCUCAUCUUUCCCUUGCUAGCCAAGAAGGAUCAGGAAGGUGGAGAAGAAAAGAAAUCUGUGCAAAAGAAAAAAGUAAAAGAGUUAAAGGUGCUGGACUCAAAGACGGCGCAGAAUCUCUCAAUCUUUCUGGGGUCCUUCCGCAUGCCCUAUCAAGAGAUUAAGAAUGUCAUCCUGGAGGUGAAUGAAGCUGUUCUGACCGAAUCCAUGAUCCAGAACCUCAUUAAGCAGAUGCCAGAGCCAGAGCAGUUAAAAAUGCUUUCUGAACUCAAGGAUGAAUAUGAUGACCUAGCCGAGUCAGAGCAGUUUGGCGUGGUGAUGGGCACUGUGCCCCGUCUGCGGCCUCGCCUCAAUGCCAUCCUCUUCAAACUACAAUUCAAUGAGCAAGUGGAGAAUAUCAAGCCAGAGAUCGUGUCUGUCACUGCUGCCUGCGAAGAGCUGCGCAAGAGCGAGAGCUUCUCCAGCCUUCUGGAGAUAACCCUGCUGGUCGGGAACUACAUGAAUGCUGGCUCGAGGAAUGCCGGUGCUUUCGGCUUCAAUAUCAGCUUCCUGUGUAAGCUUCGGGACACCAAGUCUGCAGAUCAGAAGAUGACACUGCUGCACUUCCUGGCCGAGCUGUGCGAGAAUGACUAUCCCGAUGUUCUCAAGUUUCCAGACGAGCUUGCCCACGUGGAGAAAGCCAGUCGAGUUUCUGCUGAGAACUUGCAAAAGAACCUGGAUCAGAUGAAGAAACAGAUUUCUGACGUGGAACGCGAUGUGCAGAAUUUCCCAGCUGCUACAGAUGAAAAGGACAAGUUUGUUGAGAAAAUGACGAGCUUCGUGAAGGAGGCCCAAGAGCAGUAUAACAAGCUGCGGAUGAUGCAUUCCAACAUGGAGACCCUCUUUAAAGAGCUAGGCGACUACUUCCUCUUUGACCCCAAGAAGCUGUCUGUGGAGGAAUUCUUCAUGGAUCUGCACAACUUUAGGAAUAUGUUUCUGCAAGCAGUCAAGGAGAACCAGAAGCGGCGGGAGACAGAAGAGAAGAUGCGGCGCGCGAAACUCGCCAAGGAGAAAGCAGAGAAGGAGCGGCUGGAGAAGCAGCAGAAGAGGGAGCAGCUCAUAGACAUGAAUGCAGAGGGCGAUGAGACAGGUGUCAUGGACAGCCUUCUAGAAGCCCUGCAGUCUGGGGCAGCGUUCCGACGGAAGAGAGGACCCCGGCAGGGCAAUAGGAAGACGGGGUGUGCAGUCACAUCUCUCCUGGCUUCCGAGCUGACCAAGGAUGAUGCCAUGACUGCUGUUCCUGUCAAGAUACCCAAGACCAGCGAAGGAGCCCUCGCACUCCACGAGGAAGCCAAGGAGUUGGUUGGCCGUGCAAGCUAAGCCGGGUCAUGUGGCCACAGCAGCUCCUGGAGGGAGCCCCAGACUGCCCUGCCCUGCAGCAUGUGCCUAAAGGAUCAAGGGGCUCAUUCCACUCGGUGGCCACCCCCACCACCCUGACCCUGUCUUUCUCUCUGGCCUGCUGCUCUCUGAACAUCACACACAGCUUCAGCUGCCUGGAGGCCAGAAGCCAAGGGCAGCAUGGGGGAGGCCUGAGCCCAACCCAGCCAGCCCUGGCUCUUGCAUUACCAAAGCAGGGUCUGUGUUCGCUGCCUUAACCCUGUGUCCUCGGCUACUCAGAGGGCUUUGUCUCAGAAAGGCCCAGCCUGCUUUCUGCCUGAUCUCCCCUAGGUCAAUCUUGCUCAUUUGUGUUUUUCUUCUGCGGUUUCUUUGGCCCUGAGAACAGCAUGGGGCUUAUGAACCUUUGGCUCGAUCACUCCCUUUCACUGCUAUCCUCUCUGCUCUUCUCUUCCCUCUCCUGGCUUUGGUUAUUUAUUACUUGUGGUAUGGCGCUGGGAAGUGGGGGACACAUCCCACCCUUACCCACCUGGGAAAGGCCUCCCACAACAGAAAGGAUCUGUUCCCAGGGUGGCCCUGGCCUCUGGCUGUGGGCGGGUUGGCAGGCAGGGCCUACCCCGGCCUUCUGCCCUCUGCCCUGCUGUGUGCCGUCACCUGUCCAGCCUCCAGGCUGCUGAGCCAAGGCUCCCCUCUCACCCCACCCCCAGAGCUUGCUGCAUCCCAUGUGGAGUAUGGGCUGCAGUAUGACCAUCCCAACACCUAACCCACCCUUCUGUCUCCAAGGAAACGGGAGGUGGAGCCUCCUGGCUAAGAAAUUGUUUUGCAAAUGGAUCUAUUUUUGUAUGGAAAAAAAAAAAGGUGUUUUUUAAAGAACAACAACUCUUCCCUUCCCCUUUGCCCUCUGUAAGAGGCUUUGAUGGCAGGUUCCAGACUUCUGGGGUUUCUUCCCACAAGCCUCAAGCUGACCUGAGUCUUGGCCUCGGCAUUCACCUCGCCCCUGAGGCCAAGGCAGAUUCCUCCUCCCAACAUGAGUUCUGGGGCAAGAGGAGCCUCUCAUCUGGAUAAACUGGGCCAAGCCUAAGCGCAGCAGGCGCUGGGAGACGGCCGUGUUUGACAAAUUUCAUCAAUUUAUCAAGUCACUGGGCAGAGGGGGUGCCCCUGCACACGGCACCCCCGUGCCCCUUCUCAGUAGUAGACACACUGAACUGCUUGGUGGCCCCAGCUUCAGGAAGCUCACCUGUGCCGGCUCAGGUGACACCUGUGCCCCUUUAGCUUCCCACCCCGCGAUAUGGGGGAGAACGGUACUGUUAAGGUUCAGCCCAGGGUUCAAGUUGUUGGAGCCAAGGGGAGCUCAGGAACCUGGAGGGGCCUGGCUGGCUGCCAGAGCCUGUGGCGGAAGGGGCAGUGGCAGCUCCUCCGAGCUUUCCUCUGCCAGACUGUGGUGCAGGGGGCCUGCUGCUCCCCUGGGUCACCCUCUUUUCCCUGCUAGCUCCCAUCUGGGGCGUUGACCCUUCCUUUUUUAAUCAACUUUUGCUAAGAUUGAUUUAAUAAAAAAAAAAAAAAAAAAGAGGGGAAACAAAAAGCAAACCUACUUCCCUCACCUCUGGGGCUUCUGGGAUGUCAUCACCGCCAGUUUGUUGGGUUUCCAACUGUUAAUAAAGCAUUGGAACAGCACGA